AUGAACAGAGCCCGCAUGAAGGCAUUGAAGGCGUUCCUGAGCAAGCCUUGGGUUAAACAGAAGCUGCACGAUGCGCUCAACGAGUUCAAAAAUGCAUCGUGCAAGCGCCUGUGCGACGCAGUGGCCGACGUUUCCCUCCAGAGCAACAAGCUUUGCGACGAGCUGCGCGAGAAGAUCAGGAAGCUCAGGGGGCAGCUCUCUAAAGAUACCCAGAAGGCACAGGACCAGGGCGAGCAGGUCAAGCAGCUGCAGAAGGAGAACCAGCGGCUCGCGAAGGAGAACAAGCAGCAGGGGGAGCUCCUCGAGAAGCAGCAGGCUGAGCUUGACAAAGCCCAGGCUGCGCUUAAGGCCAGCCAGGAGUCUCCUGUGAUGGCGAACGUUCAGGCAAUGGGGAUGACCUCCCUUGGCAAGGCCAUGGAGCGCCCGAACCGCACCGAAGACGUCCUCCACCGCACGUUCGCGGUUGCGAAUGCGAAGAAGCCCGCCGUGGCGCUCGCGGAAUCGAUGAUGGUCGGCCCAAUCGACAGGCCAGGCAGCUCGACCGUGUGGGACUUGCCCAUCAAGCACUGGGAAGGCCGAACCCAGAAGACAACCAGCUACGUCGUUGACGUAGUCUCGUCCCCAGGAGAUCUGUCCGCUGUCGACUGGGGCUCGGUCAAGGAAAUGAUGUCGAAGGGGGGCUACAACAGCCUGCCGCCGCCACUGGGGUUCCCCACGAAGACAGAGAUCCCGAUGUUCCUCAACCUUCACGUGUCGAAGCCCGCGGGCGAAGAUUACAUCGUGGUGAAGUUCAUAUCAUUCCUCAACAGGGAGAAGUUCAGCGUCAUCCAGCAGCAGCUGAUCGUUGGCGAGCCCUACGUCCCCGACUGGGCCCGCGACCGUCACACGACGCUGAAAACGAUGCACUUGCUGUUCGACAACAUGGGCGGCAUCUUGUUCAAGUACUGGGAGUUCGCGGCGCCAGUCGCGGCGCCAGCGGCCGUCGCGCCUGGUGACGAGGACGGCGUGGAGGAGAAGAAGAGGAAACUGCGCGUGGGCUUCGACUUCAUCAUGGCAGAGGCGCCGCGCGGGAAUUUUGAUUGCGAGCAAAUGCUGUGGGUCGAGCAUCAGCUCGUCAAUCCAGACAGCCCCGUCCACCACUUCAGGCGCGAGCUCAUUGACAGGGUGCUCAAGAAGAUCCAGGACAGGGACCACUUUGCUGUCAAAGAGACGUAUUACCCGUGCCUGCUUCAUGAUAUUCGCCCAGAGUAUCUGGACAUCGCAAAGCGCAUCAUCAAGACGCUGUUGACGAACACAUUGCUCACAAUUGGCGAGGCCAAGUUUGGCAAGACACCUCUCAUGUACAUCCUGGCAAUGGCCAUCGCGCGCUGGCACGCCGACAUGGAGAAGGCGCGGGGCAACGAGGUCGUCGCGGCGGUGCGGGUGUCGGCCGAGAUGGACUUCUUCCGCGGGGAGGUGCGGGCGGGGAAAAAGCUGGUUGUGGCCGCGUUGCUCGACGCUGGUGUUAUCCCGCGCGCGUCCUGCGCGGCGUUCUUCGACCCGACACAGAUGCAGGCGAUGACCUAUGUCAGGUGGGGCGCGGCCAAGUUCGUGCGGGGCCAGGCGAGGUUCGGCGGGGAAAACGAGUACAAUGCGUCCGCAGAGCCGUCGCUCGAAGACUGGGCAUUCGCCGUCACCGGUAGCGACAAUGCGAAGAAGACGACGCAGUUCCUCAUCGACAUGAUACUGCCUGCCUUCCCCAAGCACUUCUCCAGCAGUCAGAUCGGGGCGAUGCUGAAGCGGUGCAACAUCCUGCUGAACACGAAGACCGCUCUGUACUUCCGCCCAGCUGGCCAGGGUAGCGCUGUCGAGAAGCACCCGCUGUACGAGGGGCACUUGAAACCAGAUGCAGGCAAGGUUCUCUGGGCGUACCUGCAGGACUCCAGCGUUCGCCGCGAUGCCGAGGAGUUCGGCCGUCUGCUCCCGUUCGAGAAGAAGGACAUUGCCAAGCUCAUGGCGAAGCACAUGAAGUCUGCCCGCGCCGCCGCCGCGGCGCUUGAGUACGCAGCCGAGAAGGGCGAUGCGGAUGCGGAGGCGGCCGCGGGCGCGCCGGCGGUGCCCAGCCCCCCAGAUGAUUUCGACGGGCAUGACUUCUUCGGCGACGCCCCUGAGGCUGCUCCAGUUGUGCCGCGCACGCCAGAGGCGGCUCCGACCAAGCGCAUCAAGCUGGAGCCUGGCGUCUGGAAGAACCUGAAGAUCCAGCCAGGCGCCUGCAUCGACCUCAGCACCCCUUCGCCUAAGAAGCGCGCUAUGACGCUGGAGAGGCAGCUCGAGCAGAUCCUGGAUGAGGAGGGGCAGAGGGGUGCCGCAUCGUCUGCGAGCAGCGGGGCCCAGGCUGCGUGA